AUGCUCUUGUUGGGUAAGCCAUGCGAAGAUGAGAAUGCGCAAGUAGCGCGUGCAGCUGUGGAGGCCACGCGAUGCACUGCGCAGGGCAGCGGAUUUCGCUUCCCAAACUCACGUCGAAACGCUGUGUCUGCUCCUGGCACAAGUAUACCAAAUGUGCCAAGUAUGCCUGCUGCCACGAAAGCCAGCGUGAAGCCAGACGAGGCUGCCGUCAUGAAGUUGAUGCAGCAAGUCGCGCCCGCUGCAGUUGAGUCGUGGGACACGGAUCAGGAUUGGGAUUACGCUGAUGCCGCGGAAUGGGAAGAUAACCUGCUCAUACCGCCAGAACCUUCUGCUCCGACCCUGAUGCGAUCCGCGGCGGCGCAAGCCGUGCACAACGCUCCCCAGCCUGUGCUUCCUGCACCCAAAGCAGGGUCGAGCCUCGGAGAUAAGUCUGCAGCCACCAAGCCAUAUCCUGCAAAGAGUACUGAAGAUCCACGUCUCCCCUCAGUUGGCGUUGCGAAGCAAGUUGAAGGCAAUGACUCUCAGCAUCUAAAUUGCCAGGGCUCGCAGUCCAGUCGAUGGAACUACGUGCAGUCUUUGUCGAGCUACAGCUUACGGAACAGGACGCGUUUCUCUGCAAACAAAGUUGUUGGGCGUACUCCCUUGAUGCAAGCAGCAAUGGCUGGCCUCGUCUCUGAUGUGGAAGAGCUUUUGGCAAGCAGCCGCAUUGAUCUACAGGAUGACAUGGGCAUGACCGCGCUCAUGUGGGCUGCCUGCUCCGCAGUAUAUCCGCCCUCAAACUCUCAGAACUUUGCCGCAGUAGUGAAGUUGCUGCUUGAUGCCAAAGCAUCUGUGAACAUGGAGGACGACAAUGGAGUCACAGCCAUAAUGCACACUUUUUCUAAUGGCCUGGACAUUAUCAACAAUCCCCUUCAAGAGCACGAAGUGGAAGAGUCCAAACUGCAGACCUUCAAGCUGCUUCUGGAAAGAAGCCGCGGCCUCAAGAUUAGAGCAGACGUAAACCACAGCUCCGCGGACGGUCUCACACCUCUGAUGCUCACUGCGGCUUCUGGGAGCACGACGGCGCUGCAGGUACUUCUCGGGGCUCGUGCCAACCUGGAGGUCAAGGAUCAGCAUGGAUGGACAGCGCUUCUUUGGGCAGCGAGCGAAGGUCGUUUGGACAUGAUCCGCUGUCUCUGUCGGGCUGGAGCGAAAGUUGCACCACAAGAGCGUGAGGUGUGGGAAGAGGCCCUGCGAGAGGUGACGAUGGAGCAAACUGUCCAGUCGCAGAAAGCAUUCGCAAUUCGAGCAUGCAUCUCUGAGUUAGAGCCUGCUUCCAACUGCAAGCCGUGUCAGAAGAAUGUUCUGAUGAAAGUGCGAAAAGAGGGCACAAAUCGAGAUGAGUCUGUGGAGACUGCAGAGGAACGCGGCAACGAAUUGGAGAACUUGUGUUGCAGCAUCGCAGGGGAGGACGAAAGUGCAAGCUUGGCAGCCGUCUUGGCCUGGUUGGAACAGCGUGGUGUCCGAUGGGGUCUUCAUCAGCGCUGGAUCUUUGCACGUUUUUUUGAGGCAGCGAAGGCUGUUUCACCGCCACUGCCGCCACUGCGGAAGGAAGGGGCCAAGGUGUUAGAGGCGGGCGAGGAGUCUGAGCUGAUGGCUUUAUUUCAGCUUCGGAUCAAGAAGAAGACCUUGGCUGCCUUCAUGAACAUGCCAAAGUUGCCAGAGGAGCAUCAGGAACUUCAGUCAUUCUUGGGUCAUCUGCGGCAUUUGGCAGCCGACCUCCGAAUGGGGAUGUCGAUCCAACGCCUGGAGCAAGAGGUCAAGUCUCAAUCAGCUGAGCUCGAGAUGCUGAAGGGAAGAUUGGAGGUGAUGGAGUCGAGCCUUCCAAGCGCCUGGUCGCCGCCAGUCACCACAUGGCAGGAGCUACUUGGCAGCCAGCCUCCGCAUCUCUCACCAGAGGCGCUGAUUCCGAUCGUCCACAGGAGGCUUGCGGACGCCAGGACAAAGGCGAUGCAGCGCUCGGAGCAAGCAGCGCUUGCUGCAGAGGCCUUGAAGGCCAGCACUGAUGACAAGUCGAGACAAGUUGUCUGGGCAGAGUCGCAGGCUGCGGCCAAAGAAGCCGAAGCUGAAGUUCUUCAGGCAGAGCUGCAGGAGCAGGCCUUACACCUCCAAGACUUGGAGACGGAGCGGGCUCGAGGCAGAAAGAGAGCCAGCGUGCACCAGAUGUUUGCAGCAGAGGAGGCAACAAGACAAGCAGAUGCGCUUGCGCUCCAAAAAAGUGCUGCAAAGGUGCAGCGUGUUUGGAGACAACGACAAGAGAUGGCGCAGCGGCGGAUCCGAGCAGUGCUGCUCGUACAAUUCUAUGUCCGCCGCUGGCGCCGCAAGCGGCAACUGGCCGCCCGAAAGAUCCAGACUCGCUGGUUUGGCCUGAAGCGAAUGCCGCAGAAAGUGCAAGGUGCGGUGAGAAGCGGUGUCUCACUGCUAGGAAGAGGAAUUCAAGCAGCCGUUGGAAGACAAAUGCCACUUUGA